AUGACUAUACUGCAAUGUUACGCUCCAACAAAUGAUUCCAGUGAGGAGAAAAAAGAUGCAUUUUAUGAACUACUCCAACAGGAAAUAGACAAAACCCAAAAACACGACAUCAAAAUCAUCAUGGGGGAUAUGAAUGCCAAAGUUGGAUCUAGUAACAUCCACUAUGAAAGAGCUAUGGGAAAACAUGGAUGUGGUAAUAUGAAUGAGAAUGGUGAAAGACUAGCAGAACUAUAUACCACUAACAACUAUGUAAUAGGAGGGACAAUUUUUCCACAUCGAAACAUUCAUAAACUGACAUGGUGCUCUCCAAACCAACGAGACAAGAACCAAAUAGACCACAUCAUGAUAAAUGGAGUGUGGAAACGAUCCCUGUUGGAUGUUAAAGUCAAGAGAGGAGCUGAUGUUGGAAGGGAUCACCAUUUGGUAAAAGCUGACAUUAAACUCAAACUCAGGGCUAAUGGAAAGAACACAAGAUCUUGGAAGCAGUUUGACAUCGAAAAGCUGAAAGAAAGCAACGUAAGGAAAGAAUAUACCACCUUGAUAAGAAAUAGAUUCAGAAUUUUAGAAAACUUAAAUGAUGAAGAUGACACAGUAACAAUUGAUGAUAAAUGGGGGAAAAUUUCUGAGAUAUUUACUAAAAGUGCAGAAGAAUCCAUUGGAUUUAAACAAAAACAGAAAUAUAAAGAUUGGAUUACACCUAGAACAUGGGACAAUAUUAUUAUCAGGAGAGAUACAAAGAAAAAGUUGAACGAGGCCAAAUCACAACGUCUUAAAGAAAGAUACCAACUUGAAUAUAGCCAAAUACACAGAAAUGUGAAUAGAAUGGUGCGAAACGACAAGAGAGCCCACAUGAAUAGUCUAGCUGAAAAGGCAGAAGAAGCAGCUAACAAAGGCGAGCAAGUUAACUUACAUAAAAUAACCAAAAUUAUUUGUGGCAAAAAUACAGCAUCAUCUAAUAUUCCUGUAAAAGACAAGCUAGGGAAUUUGUUAACAUCUAAAAAAUGA